GACCGCAUAGCGUUAAGGGGAUUCAUGCUCGACUGGAGGCCUUCAACAAUCCCUUUGUGGUUUUUGCAGAACCUUUGCACAAUUCCCAGUUUGUGAUCAGCAGAGUUGGUGCAGCAGCAGAGCACUUUGCAAAGGUACUGCAGUGUGCGUGGCACUCAGUGUAACAAGCCUAGGCUCUGCGCCUGCUGCAGCCCAAGGAGAUUUUACGGGCCUUGCUUAAUGGACUUGCUGAUGAGACUGUCCAGUGGUCAGUGAAAUCAGUCACUGCUGCAAAGUCAAACAGAUGGAGGCUGAGAGAGACAGGAAUCAAGGAAAAGGAAGGGGUGGCUGCCUACUAGCAAGAAAAGAGGAGGGAGUGGAAGCAAUGGGCAGGGUGAGAAACCUAAGACACCUGUGUGAUGUUACCUGCUGAAUAAUAGACAACGUGAAGCACAAGACUAGGAUACAAGAGACAGGUUUAGUGAGCUGUGCACCAGCUGCAGGACAGUACAGAAGCCAGUCUCAUAUAUAUCUGUAGAGCACAGAAUUGGGCACAGCAGCACCCCCUGUAUAUUCAUUUCCAGGACGAUUUUUGUCCUUGGAUCUCUUCAUGUAAAGCCAAACUAGCAGAAUAGUAGGGUCAGUGAAUCGAGGAGGUCGAGCGUUAACCCAUCAGCAUCUGCAAAAGAACGAUCCUGACCGUACUGGAGACAUGGUGCACAUUCCUGAUGAUGCAGACUUUAACUCAUUUCGGGAGCAAUGCGAGAACCACGAGGGUUGGCAGUGCCAGUAUAAUAAGGGGGGAGUGACGGUGUGGAGUGAAGAACAGGACAGUGGCAAGGCUGUUAAGAAACUUAAGAUGCAAAUUACCUGCAAAGAUGUUCCAGCUGAAAUACUCUAUGAUGUUCUCCAUGAUACAAGCUACCGCAAAAAGUGGGAUUCCAACAUGAUUGAGACCUAUGAUAUCGGGAGGCUGACUGUCAAUGCAGAUAUUGGAUACUACUCUUGGAAAUGUCCAAGCCCUUUGAAGAAUAGAGAUUUUGUCACCCUGCGGUCUUGGCUUCCUCUUGGCAAUGAUUACAUGAUUAUCAAUUACUCUGUGAAGCACCCGAAACACCCUCCUCGUAAAGACUUUGUAAGAGCGGUCUCAUUACAGACAGGCUAUCUUAUUAAAGCCAAUGGUUCCAACAGCUGCACGCUCUUCUAUCUGACCCAAGUGGAUCCUAAAGGAUCCUUACCGAAAUGGGUGGUCAACAAAGUUUCCCAGUUUGUGGCCCCAAAGGCAAUGAAGAAAAUCUACAAGGCCGGAGUCAAGUAUCCAGAAUGGAAGCGGAAGCAUGAGCCAGAUUACAAGCCGUGGGUCUAUCCAGAACAAAACACACUACCGACUGUCAACUUGGCAGACUUGACCAUCCAGAGAGCAGACGAGCUGGAAAAUAUAGACGAGAGCGGCGUUUCUGAAGAGCGGAUGCACAUCAGUGAUGAAGAAGAUGGUUUUUCAAAGGACUCUUAAGGGGAUUCUGUAUGAAUGAAGUCUAUUAGCAAUGUGCUUCCAUCUUCUUUGUACUUUAUUUUUACUGUCAACCUUGUCUCCCAUUCAGUACUAACUCCUAACAUCUUCUUCUAGGGACACCAAUGCUAUAGUCAGAUGGCUGUUAUAAGAAAGAGCAGUGCAGCAUUCCACAACGCUGAUUCAAUUAACAAUAAAAGAUCAUAAAUUAUA